AUGGCGACAUCAUAUCCGCAUUACAAGGAGUACCAGCCGAGCUAUCAUAGCUCGUGUUUUAACUACUCCCAGGAACAGUAUAUUCCCAACCAGUACCAGCCGAUCGUACAAUGUGCAGAGAGUGAUUCCAGCAUUCCACAGCAGCAAGCUCCACAAUACGUCUCAUCGCAGCCUCUGCUACCAGAAAGCGAACCCCCGUCAGCACUAACUUCUACGUCGAUUGGCUACGCAUCAUCCGGACAGUACUACUACAACGGGCAGUAUGGCGCAAAUCAGUAUUACCACAGACAACAACAGCAAUUGGAUCAAUACGGAUAUCAAUUCGAUAAUUACUUCGGAUAUCCAUACCAACCAAUGGUUCCCGAGUAUGGUAGUGAAAAUUUGUUUGAGAGAGCAAAUGAAUCGGAGCAACAUAAUGCUGCUGUGGCGGAUUACCGUAUGCCAUGUGAAAGCGUGAAGGUGCCAGCACCAAAGCGAAAGUAUUCCGAUGAAGACGACUCGAUACUCGAAGGCCUCUCAUCGAGUGAACACAGCGAUUCAACGGACUAUCCAGCCCUGAGAGCACUGCUCACAAAUCCGGCCAAGAAACUGAAAUACAAUCCACAUUAUACGUCCGCACCAGUAAAAUUAUCCGGUCCUGCUCCGGUGGUUGGUUGCAACAAUGGUGUUCUUUCCCCGGCUUCAAGCGAUCGGUUGGUCCCAGACAUCGUACCUCUUUCGCCGAACAAAACGAACGACAGCAUCGACAGCCUGCUGGACAACAGUUCCAAGUAUGGCUUGGAAGCGGUGCAAAAUGCAAGCUUCAUCAUGAAUCAUCUUCAACAACCGGAUACGCCAAACUAUGAUGGAGUCAGCACUCCGCCUCUCUCGCCAAAGGAUAUGGAAAGUGCAGUCUCAUCUCCAAUGAUCGCCGAAAAGAUGUCGCAAAAUGGCGACUCUGAAGGUAACCGAAAGGAAGCAUCUAAGCGGAUCCGUCAGUCGUAUACUACAUACCAAACGCUUACAUUAGAAAAAGAAUUUCAUUGCAACCGAUAUCUCAAUCGAAGGCGCCGCAUGGAGAUUUCCAAUACGCUCAAGCUGUCCGAGCGGCAGAUUAAGAUCUGGUUCCAGAAUCGUCGCAUGAAGGAAAAAAAACUGCGCUCGUCCUCCGGUACGCCAGAUCUAGUGCCACAUCAUCUCGACGCCAAUCUGGCACAACAUUCGACAGAAUCGCAACCACCUUACGAUCUAAAUACUUCCGAUGCACACCAAUCUUCGUCCUCUUCAAUCGCUACCUCGCAUCUACUAGGGGAUGCUGAGCAACCAUCGAUUGGGCAAUGGCCGUAUCAUCACCAUCAGAGCCAGUACUAUUACUCGCCGAUAAUCACGCAUCACCAACAGGAUCAAGCGACCGCUGCUAGUGCUGAAUAUGAUUACCGACAACAUAUGUCUACUGCUGCAUACAUUGCCCCCAGCUUCGUGUAG